UUGAAUAUCUGUCUGUCAAUGUCACCUGUUCCAAUUAUUCCAAGUUUUAUGAUCAAUUUCCAAAAAAUUUUGUAAACAUGUUGAUGAAACGUAUAACGCCGAACAUUGUUCCUAAAAUAUCAAAAAUUGUGAGGCACUUGCAAACCGUUGCACAGAGCAAGAAAGUGUACACAAAUGUCCCUGCAAAUUUCGUAUUCUCAAAGGGUUUCCAUGAUCCUGAACAACAUGAAAACAGAGAGAGUAUAGUCAACAGCAUGCUGGUUCAUGCCGAUUUCCUUACAGAAGUCGAAGAGAACAGCAUAUUUGGUGAGAUUGAACCUUACCUAAAGCGGAUGAGAUACGAGUAUGAUCAUUGGGAUAAUGCAAUCCACGGAUUUAGAGAGACUGAACGUGUUAAUUGGAAUAAGGAGAACACAUGCAUAUUGGAUAGGGUCAGGAAUUUGGCUUUUCCUGCUGGCGUAAAUCCUCUUCGAUUUGUGCAUAUUUUAGAUUUGGAUGAAAAGGGGUAUAUUAAACCGCACAUUGAUGCAAUUCGAUUUUGUGGAGAUACAAUAGCUGGCUUGAGCUUGCUCACGGACAGUGUGAUGAGGCUCGUGCACGAUAAAAACAAAGAUUUGUCUGUUGAUAUUUUGCUGAAGAGAAGAUCGCUGUACAUAAUGAAGGGAACGGCUAGGUUUGAUUAUACUCAUGAGAUUCUCGGGAAUGAGCAUAGCAAGUUUAAUGGAGAGACAGUGUUGAAGACGCGCCGGAUUUCGGUUAUUUGCCGCAACGAACCCGACCCAGAGAACACUAAAUUAUAACGAAAUGUGAUAUAAUAAAUAAGACAGUUGUAUAACAGUUUUUAUAGUAUAUCUAAAACAUUAAGAAAAAGUGAUUAUAUUUGUACUUAAAACUAUAUGUUGCUGCAAUUGAUACGAAAUAAAAACUUAUUUGUUAAA